UCUUGACAUAAUAGUAAGAAAUUAUUUAAUAAAAAUGUUAAAAUCACGCAAUUUUUGGUCAAUACAACAGCGAUGGAAAAGUGGCAAGACACGUUGGUCUAUACAACAAAGGAAAAAAACAAAUACCGGUAGAGCUCUCGAAAGUUUCGACGAUUUCUAUGGCUCAGUAUUUGGUAUAAGGUGGAAGAAUAUGAGAGCAGCUAUGUUGACCGAACACAAAUAUAUGGCCAUGGUAAAUAAUUUUGGUGAUACAGAAAAGACUUGCAGUCGUUUGGAAAUGGAUGGUGCUAUAAAUGUUAAAUCAUUAGUAAACUUGGCCAAGGAGCGCUUAGAAGGUAAACAAACACUUGGUUUGCACAAAAACAUUUACGAAUUGGGCGACAAAAUGGAUUCAAUUACCAGAAAACAAAAGGAAAAAGAAAUACAGUCUUUGUAUCCAGACAAUGAAAGUCAACUGCCCGAUGACAUAGAAUAUAAAGAUGUAAGAGAUUUAGAUGAAAAGGAACCCGUUGCGGAAGAUGAUGAACCAAGUGUAAAUCCGGUUUUGGUACAUGACGUGUGUAUCGAUGAAAAACGAAUGGUAGAUCCUGGUGUUAAUACGGGCGGUCUUUACGAAUUUGUGCCGGCUACAAAAAUAAAGGGCAUGGAAGACUGGAUACCAGAAUCAGAACAUUAUAGAUAUUACCAAACGACUGCAGAUUUCCCUUUGAACAUAGAGCCUGAAACUGAUUUUAUAUUUCCCGAACACCUGUCUUUAUAUACGUAUGAAAUGGGUAACUGCUCAGAAUUUAGGCGACCCAAUAAAUGUUUAACAGGUGUUCUUUCACAUUAUUUACUUGAUGGUGCUUCCGUUUUGCCACCAUUGCUAUUAGAUGUUAAACUAGGUGAACGUGUACUUGAUGCAUGUGCUGCUCCGGGUGGUAAAUCUUUAUUAAUGUUACAAACGUUACAUCCCGAGCAGUUGGUGUGUAAUGAUGUAAUGGAGUCGCGUGUAAAUCGUGUACGAAAAGUUAUGAAAGAAUAUUUAUUCGAUUAUGAGGAACGUUGGGAAGGUCAACGUUUAGUGCUUAACCAAUGUGAUGCUCGUAAUUUAGAUGAGUAUGGCUCUUAUGAUAAGAUCUUGGUAGAUGUACCCUGCACCACAGAUCGCCACUCUCUGAUGGAAAACGACAAUAAUAUCUUUAAGCCCACUCGCAUUAAGGAAAGAUUAAGGAUACCCGAACUGCAAGCGGGUAUUUUGGAGAAUUGUUUACGUUUAUUGAAACCUGGAGGAAGUUUAGUUUAUUCCACAUGCUCCUUAUCACCCGUACAAAAUGAUGGCGUUGUUCAUAUGGCUUUGCAAAAAGUAUUUCACGAACACGGCUUAACAUGUACUAUUAAGGAUUUAAGCAACAUUGUAUCUCUGUUCAGUGAUAUCUAUAAAUUUGAAUAUCCAAAAAGUUUAAAAUAUGGUCAAAUGGUUUUACCAUAUUUGCCAGCCAACUUUGGACCCAUGUAUUUUAGUAAAAUAACACGAAAUGAAUGAAAUUAAAAUCGUGAGCUAUUAAGAUUAUGGUUUUGUUAAUUAUUGUAGUUUAUAAGAUUGUCGUUUAGUUUUUUUAAUAAUAAAAAUUAAAGUUAAAAAAUCUA